GGGCGGGAGCCGGAGCCGCCCCGGUGCUGGUCGUGAGGGCGAAUGAGGGAGCGGCGGCAUCCUCCUGCCCGCCUCCCUGCCCGCCGCCUCGCUCCGCAGCCAGCCGGAGCCGCGCAGGGCGCCGCGUCGCGCGUGGAGGGGCCGGCGCCGCGGCGGGGAUGCGGCGGCGCUGCGGGGGGUCGGCGGCGCUGCUGCUGCUGCUGCUGCUGCUCACGCUGCUGGGGACGCCGGGCCGUCUGCUCGCCGCCAAAGUGAACAAGCAUAAGCCCUGGAUUGAGACAUCGUACCAUGGAAUCAUAACUGAAAAUAAUGACACUGUAAUUUUGGAUCCUCCUCUUGUUGCUUUGGAUAAGGAUGCACCCGUUCCAUUUGCAGGUGAGAUAUGUGCUUUUAAAAUUCAUGGACAAGAAAUGCCCUUUGAAGCUGUUGUGCUAAACAAGACAUCUGGAGAAGGUCGUCUUCGAGCAAGAAGUCCUAUUGAUUGUGAGCUGCAGAAAGAAUACACAUUCAUCAUUCAAGCCUAUGAUUGUGGAUCAGGACCAAGUGGAGUAAACUGGAAGAAAUCUCACAAGGCAGUUGUCCAUAUCCAAGUAAAGGAUGUUAAUGAGUUUUCACCAGCUUUCAAGGAGAGUAUGUAUAAGGCCACUGUAACAGAGGGAAAAAUCUAUGACAGCAUACUGCAGGUAGAAGCCAUAGAUGAGGACUGUUCCCCACAGUAUAGCCAGAUCUGCAAUUAUGAAAUUGUCACAACAGAUGUUCCUUUUGCUAUCGACAGAAAUGGUAACAUCAGAAACACUGAGAAGCUAAACUAUGAUAAACAGCAUCAGUAUGAGAUAAUGGUAACAGCUUUUGACUGUGGACAAAAACAUGCAAGAGAAGAUGUCUUAGUACAAGUUAAUGUCAAACCAGUGUGCAAACCAGGCUGGCAAGAUUGGAACAAACGUAUUGAAUACAAGCCCGGUUCUGGCAGCGUACCUUUGUUUCCCAGUAUUCAUCUAGAAACGUGUGAUGGCCCAGUUUCAUCAAUACAUACAACAGUUGAAUUGCAGACCAAUUAUAUUGGGAAGGGCUGUGAUCGUGAAACCUACUCAGAAAAAUCUCUGCAAAAACUAUGUGGAGCAUCCUCAGGUGCCAUUGACCUCUUACCAUCUCCCAGUGCAACAACUAACUGGACGGCCGGGCUUCUUGUGGAUAACAAUGACAUGAUUUUUAAAUUUGAUGGAAAACAAGGAGCCAAAAUUCCAGAUGGAAUAGUCCCAAAGAAUUUAACUGAUCAAUUCACCAUCUCUCUGUGGAUGAAACAUGGACCUAGCCCAGGACUGAGAGCUGAGAAGGAGACUAUUCUCUGCAACUCUGACAAGACAGAGAUGAACCGACAUCACUAUGCCUUGUAUGUGCACAACUGCCGAUUGGUGUUUCUGUUGCGUAAGGACUUUGAUCAAGCUGACACAUUCCGCCCUGCAGAGUUCCACUGGAAACUGGAUCAGAUUUGUGAUAAAGAAUGGCAUUACUAUGUUGUCAAUGUUGACUUUCCUGUUGUUACCUUAUACAUGGAUGGAACAACAUAUGAACCUUACCUUGUGACCAACGAUUGGCCUAUCCACCCUUCACACAUAGCCAUGCAGCUGACAGUUGGUGCUUGCUGGCAAGGAGGUGAGGUCACCAAGCCUAGGUUUGCUCAGUAUUUCCAUGGCAGCCUUGCCAGUCUUACUAUCCGUCCUGGAAAAAUUGAGAGUCAGAAAGUGAUUUCCUGUUUGCAGGCCUGCAAGGAAGGUCUGGAUAUUAAUUCACUUCAGAGUCUUGGCCAAGGAGUGAAGUAUCACUUCAACCCUUCCCAGUCAGUCCUUGUCAUGGAAGGAGAUGACAUUGAGAAUAUAAAUCGAGCUCUCCGAAAGGUCUCUUACAUCAACUCUAGACAGUUUCCUACUGCAGGCAUACGACGUCUCAAAGUCUCAUCUAAAGUCCAAUGUUUUGGUGAAGAUGUCUGCAUUAAUAUCCCAGAUAUCGAUGCAUAUGUAAUGGUGCUUCAGGCGAGUGAGCCCAAGAUCACAAUAAGUGGGAUGGACCACUUUGCUAGACCAGCUGCACAAUUUGAAAGUGAAAGAGGUGUCAUUCUGCUGCCUGACAUCAGGAUUAUCAGCACUGCCACAAAAAUGGAGCAUUCAAAAAAAAAUGGAGCCAAUAAGCCAGUGGUGUUGGAGGAAAUGCUCCACAACUUGGAUUUCUGUGAUGUUUUGGUCACUGGUGCAGAACUAGAUCCAGAACACGAGUGUUUAGAACUAGAUCGUACUGAGCUUCAAGGAAAACAUCUAGAUGCCACAAAUUCCACAGCAGGAUAUUCAAUCUAUGGUGUGGACACCAUCCACAACUAUGAACAGGUUCUUCAGCAGAUUCGAUAUCGUAACUGGUACACUUCUGCCACCUUUGAAAGGAAGUUCAGAAUCAAGUGCUCUGAGCUGAAUGGGCAUUACAGCAGCAAUGAAUUUAACUUGGAGGUUAAUAUCCUACACAGCACCAACUCCAACUAUAUGGACCAUGUAAACCAUGUGCUUGCACAACCACACUUUCUCCAGUCGGUCCACCAUCCAGAGGAAAGCAUAAGUACUCCUCACAACUCAGUUGUUCCAAGUGUGGCUACUGUCGUCAUUGUGAUCUGUGUGAGUGUACUCAUUUUCAUCAUAGCUGUGGGAGUCUAUAGAAUUCGGACAGCCCAGCAGCACAGCUCCACAGACAAUGAAAGCAGUAAGGAAAAUGAAAUGGAUUGGGAUGAUUCUGCUCUGACGAUUACUGUCAACCCCAUGGAGAAAUAUGAAAAGCCUCACCGGGUCGAAGAGGAGAGUGAAGAGGAAGAUGAUGAAGAGGAAGAUACAACCAGUGCUGAAUCAGAUGAAAGUGAAGAAGAGGAGGAUGAGGAGGAAGAGGAGGAAUCGACUGUCCAAAAGAGAGGCAAGCAGAAUCUCACCAGGAAAGAGCAGUUGGAGUGGGAUGAUUCAACACUCCCAUACUAACAAACAGCCCUCGAGCCACGUUGCUCCUUUUGUAAUCACCAAUACAAUGUUUUUUCAGUCUAUGAAUUAAUUGACAGAAUUUGAACUUCUGCUUGCCUGUAACUCUUUUGCCUAAAAUGAUCUUGUUGUAGUAAUUGAUAAUGGUAGAACUGACCCUUUUCCUAUGAAGGCUGGAGAACACAUGGUACAAUCAUAUUGGCAUUGCCAGUUCUAAAGUAAUCUAGAACUUAAUCUGUUAGCAAGCAUCGGGUUCAGUUUCCUCUUUCUGUACCACAGGUCUGUGACAAACUUGUUGUCACUCAGUCCAUAGAGUUUUUUUGCCUUUGCUAUUUUUUCAAACAGGAGAGAUUUCAGCUUCUUAUGAAGAAUAACCUAUGUGGGUCCAAAUAACACACCUGCCCUUUGGCUUCACGUGUUUACAGGUUUAACGUAAUAUAAUCCCAGUUCAAAUUAGGAGAGUUUUAGUGCUACAGGUGACAGAGACUGAAUUCCAUUUGUUGUCUCUUCCUGCCUGCUUUCUUGUAUGUUAAACUAUCUUCUACAAGGGAAUAUAUUUAGGACUUGAUAAGGGAUGCAUGUAUGCCUGUGUAGAAAAGGACAGUGUAUUUUUCAAGAAUUCUGUCAGAAACAUGAAGAGAGGGAUUUUAUCCAACCCAUGCAUAGAAGCUGAAGAAAAUGGACGCUGAAGCUUACUGAGGGGGAAAAAAAAGUUGUUCUAUGUCCAGCAAUGAAAUGAUCUUACACAAACAGUAAAAUCUCACUGAAUUGAUAUACUGUAAAUCUGUAAAGCUACUCAUUAGUUAUGGACUGAACAAUUUGCAGCAAAUCGAUGCUUUAACCAUCUUGUAAAAUCAUUAGCUUGCUGCAGUAUCUAACUGAAAUAGUGGAAAAUAAGUGACCUCAUUAUACCAUGGAUAUGUACGGUUGGGACUCAAUAAUUUUUUAUGAGGAAAAUGUUCCCUUCUGCUUUGCUGAAUGCCAGCUGGAAUUCCUCUGUUCUGUAGAGAAGUAUGCCGUCACCCCACCCUGAGUGACACAACAGAAAGUGACAACACAACUGUCAGCCCACUAUUGGGCACAUAAUUCUCCCUUUUAUUUCUUCUUCCUGAAGCCAUUAUUGUUAAGAAAAGGUUUUAUAAAAUAGAACUAGGAUAACUGAAACCUACUUGGAACCAAAAGAAGUUGAAAAAAGCUCGUAAGAGGUUGAGAGAGUAUUUUAGUUAUGGUAACACAGCAUAUUUUUCUUAUACACUGUUAAAAGAGGGGGAAAAAAGGCUACAUACAAUGUGUUGGUAAGUCUGUGUGGUGUGUUUUCUGUCCCCAUUCCUUAAGAAUCUAUCUAUCUUCAACUGUUCUGCAUACCAAGUAAUGCAGCAGUUGCUAGGAUAACUAUUCUAAUGCAUAAAAACAAAAAUGGCAUGGAAGUGAAUGCUGCCUAGUGGCUUUUCUGCUUUUCUCCUAAAUAGAUCUUUUAUGCUUACGAUUUCAUCACGGAUGUGUAAUAUGCUAUUUAAGCUGUCCACUCUCCCAAAGAAACAAGCAGAUGGUCUUGAGUUAAUAGGAGCACCUAUGAAUGACAACUCAUCCUGCAAAGAGUAACCUGAGAGAUCUUGAGGGUACUCACCUACAUCAACAUUAUUAGCAGCAGCUCCUGCAGGUCUUGGAAUUCAGAGAAUUUAUUCUGAGGUUUCUAGUUGGUGAUAGAUUUUUAAAAUCAAUUUCUGCAUCUAUCUAACAGCUGUAGGAAAAGAUUGACCACAACUGGAUAGUGCAAUUUAAUGAUAAGAAAGUAAAUGAAAAGAACCUUAAUAUAUUUUAAAAUUAAGAGUUUUUCAUUCUCAUUUUUGUUGUUUAAGACCAGCAGUAUAGAAGUUUUCUUUCUUGUACAGUCCCAUUUUAUUUUUAUUCUGGUCUCUCCCAGGAAUUAAAAGAAUAUGUGAAGAAUUGGUCCUAGAUACAGAAAAUUUAUCUGCAGGAAUAAUAAUUAUAUAAAAUGGGCUAUGAUAUCUAUUUAUAGACAGCCUAACCUGCAAAAGAAAUUUGUUACUAGAUCCUAGUACCCAGAUCAUUCCCUAGUGUUACUGCUACUUUUAUUAGUGACAUGAAGCAGGCCCUUCAUGAUACUUAUCAGCACAUUUCUCAGCAAUACUUUCUGCUCAGAGAAAAAAAAGGAAAUUUAAAAUUAAAGGUAGAUAUUUAAAUGUCAAUUUCAUAUUUAAAACUGGACUUCAUUUAGAUUGUUUUUAAUGUCUCUGUUCUUCCUGAUUAUUAUUGUUAUUAUUAUUAUUUGUUACUGCAAAUGUGAAAGCAAGUUUAAACAGCGAUUUACAAUAUUAUCAAUAGCCUUCUGUUGUUUUAUAUGCCUGUGUCUAUCCAGCCAAUGGAUUUUUAUCUUUUUGUUACUGGAAGCAAAUCUUUUCAGGUCAUGCUGGUACAUUCAUUAUACAAGAAGCCAAUACGAAGUAUUUUCUCUACUUUACUUACCUUUUUAGACUCUACUAAAAACUUACCUUUUUAGACUUGAGCAAAGUAAUACAGAAAUGGGUGUUAUCACUUAAAUUUAGUUUGCAACAAAAUAUUCAGAAAACUAAAGUGCAUCACUGCACAUAUUUUAGAUUAAGUGGUGGUUAAAGUGGAUUAUGCAGCAUUGUUCAUUCAGAGGAACAGAAAACAUUAGUAAGAAGCUUGACCUUACAGUUAAAAUAUUUGUAUAGAUUUUACAACAGUGAGUUUAUAAGCAAUAUAGCAGAAGAAUAAGAUAGAAACAUCAAACUGUUUGAAUUAUUUUAAAUAAAUUGCUUCCCCAACAUGAUUCUUUUUUUUUAAUGUAAACUAGUUGCUUAAAACAAAACCAGAACAUAUACAUGCACAUACAAGCACCCCUUCUGCCCUCUCCCACCCCAUCAAAAGCCAAAUACAUCUCACUUUUCCUCCCCAAAAAAUGUUUAUGCUCAGAAAUGACAACUGCAGGCUUAACGUUUAUCCUAAGUCCAGAUGCAAGCUUUGAGCUAUCAAGGCACAAAAAAGGUGCCUUUUUUUAUAGAAGCAGUAAACAAGUGCAUCCAAACACCAUCUCUGAAGCCGUACCCCUGUUAUAUAUUACAACACCUGGAAUCUGUGGCAACAGAGAUUUAAAAUGAUAUCUUACCAAUGACAGCUUUAAAAUUGUUGAAAUUCUAAUCUAAGGCUGGGAAAAAAUACAAAUGCAAAUUCAAGACAGUGAUAUACUGUUAUAUGCAUUAACAUAACUGCCUAAGUUGAGUUUUGUGAUCAGUAGCUCACAUUUCUUUUUCCCUUCCAUCCCUUCCAUGGGUAUUUUAUUUAUCUAUCUCUGCAAAGAGAACUAAAGAGGCUUAACUUUUGAGAUUAGUCUCAAAAUCUGUGACACUGAAUGACGCCAUUUCAAAUUAGAAAUAGACAUACAGGGUUCAUGACAUCUUUAGUGCUAUUUAAAAUAAACUGUGCUGGACUAUUUGUUCACUAAAAAAGGCAAUAAUGUCUCUACUGCUUUUUAACUGUCAAGGACCUCAUCCUCCAAGGGCCACUGUGAAUGUGCAGUGUGUUUCCCCUUUCUGGUGCUGGACUUGCUGUGAACAUGCACCAUCCAUCAGUCCCUAUUUGCAGCAGCUGCUCUUGCUUGAUGGUAAAAACUGAAAAAUAAUGCCAUUGGACAGUUGCAACUUCAGGUUAAGGCCUGGUCAGAAGAUAAUUCCAGAAGCAGCCCCAUGAUACUUUGGCAACUAUUCUGUACCCUGCAUAAAAUUGUGCCUCACUCAGCUGUCUCAUUCUGUGACCCAAGAGGCAAGUAAUGCAUUUACCUGGUGAGGACAAAAGCAGGCUGGAGGAUGAUACUGUCUCUGAUGGAAGCUUUGGUGUUGGCACACUGACAACUUCCAGCAUCAUCCAUGCCUGACAGACAGACGGAAUAAUGUCUGAUGGAAUGUCCAUAAGAAGCUGCUUCUGGUACUCUGGAAAAUAAACUAUUAUGCCAAAUUAAGAACGUAUGGAAAAGGAUGAGGAUACUUACUUAAUUAAUUAUUGAGGGAGGGAAAAGAAAUUAAAUUAAACUUAGAGAACAUCUCCGGGACCUGAGAAAAGUCUCUUCUUCCCUUAACAUAAUCAGAAUUAUGAAUUAAGUAUAUCCAUAACAGUAUAUCACUACAAGUUCUUGUAUGCUUACUAAAAAUGACAAUACAAUUCUCUUAGCAUGAUACAGUUUUCAUAUAAACAAAUACUAUCCAUGAAUAUCUUGGAAGGCAAAGGAGCCAUAUAAUACUAUGACAAUUAAUUAACAUCCUAACCAUGAAUAAUAAUUUACUUACUUAAUUCUUAUUUCUAUAUUAUUUUAGCAAAUAUUUUACCUUGCUGCAGUGUAGUUGUUUCUGGAUGUAUAUAUUGUGUACUAUUUCUACACUACUGUUAAAAAGGCCCCAAGAGUUUUACAGCAACAGUAAGAAAGAAAACAGCUCAUUUGGCAGAAAAUGAUAGUGACGAAGCUUGCACAAAGCUAAUUAUGCUUAGAUGUCUGUCUGUCUUCUGCUUCUUGAUGAUAUCCCAGCGUUAGGAAAAAUAAAUCUCUUUCAUGAAGUGGAAGUUCUAACAGGUAUUGACAGUUGUGAGACUGAGAAACGUACACAAACUGGUAUUUCUCAUAUGUAUGCUAAUUUAACAUAUUUAAUGUAUGAAUAUAAAAAUACAAUAUCUAGACUGAAAAUACAACUCUUGUUGUAUCUACAGCUUUCUGUGAUGCUGUAUAAAUUCAAGCAGCACAUCUGCAGCUGCUCAGAGAAUAUUUGGAUAUGCUGGAAUAUGGAGUCUAUAGAGUCAGAGCCCUUAGGCCAAUUCUGAGCUUUUUUUUUUUUUUUCUCAGUCAGGUGCAUUUAACUGCUGGCAAGUUGGAAAUAACAGACAACCAACCAAAGAGGUCUGAUAAAAUUACUAAACAAGGAAGUUAAACUAUUGAGGGAAGGGCAGAAAGGACUUGUGUAUCGGCCACAGCUUCAUGUGUUACUCACCUCUGAGAGCAAGCCUUGAGAUUAAUGCAGCCCUGGACGUUCACUGUAACUGCUGAUCUUUCCUUGGUAUCUGCCUCAGGCUGUUCAGAUACAACAGUGAUGCAAAUCUGAGAAGAGAGAAUUUAAACACAUACAUGCAUAUAAAUAUAAAUAUAAAUAUAUAUAUAUAUAUAUAUAUAUAUAUAUAUAUAUAUACACACACAUAUAAAAUAACAAGUGCAAAAAAAAUAAAUGCACCUUUGAAAAUACUAACUUAAUACAACAAUCUGCUAUAUCAAUAUGAUAUUCCACAUGUUUCAGCUAUUAUCAACAAUUACAUAAUAGCACUACAUUUCUGCCUCCUUAGGCUAAACUAAACUAAGAAAUCCCUUAAUGCUGAACAUGGUCAGCUUUACAGCAAAGGAGAUGAGACAAAUCUCAAAUAACCCAGCAGAUGAACUGAAGUAUAUUCUAUGAUCAGUCUGUUUGCUUUUGCAUCAGGGGUUUUGUUCUUGUUUUUCCUUUCUUUUUUGUUUUAUUUUUAAUGAGUUUGGGAUUAUUAUUUUUUUUUUCAUAAAGAAGAGAUAUUCAUAAAACAUAAAUGUGCAAAGCUGGAACUGAGCAAAAGAAAAAGGGGGGAAAUUGGAACGUGGACUUUCAUUUCAUAUAAUUCUGUCUAAUACCAGAUGAAUUGCAACACCAAGAUGAUGGAAGGUUAACACAAGAAAAUGAAGUUAGGAGGUUCUAAGUGUUCAUAACUUCAUUCCCAGCAAUGAAACCAAUGUCACCAGCUCAGGUGCCCUGUUUCCCAAGAGAAAUUUUGCUGCCUUUUCAGUGUGUAUUGACAGUGGAUCAAUUGUUAGUUUCCAUUUCACUCCUUUUACAUAGGAAUAAUGAUACUGAUGUUCUCUGCUAAGUACUGUGUGCCCUACAAAAAGCACUGUCAAAAGACAUGCUGAUCUUACAGUUCAAUAGUUCUGUUCCAGCACUACCUACAGAUCACCAUUGCAGAGCACCCUAGAUAGGCAAGAUGAACAUCAGUGGUUAUUGUCAAGAACUGGAAACUAAUUUCUUUAGUUAUUGCUUAGGAGGAAACUGUCACAAUACUUUGAAACAUUACAAGUUCCUUCAGGUUCCUUAUGCUUAUUAAAACAUAAAAUUCAAAGGAAAAAAAAAAUACAAAUUGUUACAACUACCUCUUUAUUUUUUCUUUCUGCUUAUUUUCCCCUAAAUGUAUAAAUGGAUACAAGAGACUUGACCAGGUAACACUGACCAAGUCUGUUAUCUUUAUGAUAUUUUAAACCAGUACUGAAAUUUGCAACAAAUCCUUGUCUACAGUCUGCUAACGAGUGCCUAUAGAUACAUGAGAAGGCAAAUGGUUGUUUGAACUGGGCAUGUUCUUUGGAAUGUGAAUUGGAUUAAUUACAGUCAGUUUUUAUAGAAAACUGCAUUAUUGAUUAUAGAAGAGUGAACAAAGGUUAAGAGAUAAUAACCCAUGAAAAAUGGACAGAGUCGGGGUUUCCAAUUGGUGUGAAGAAAACCUGGAAUGUAAUCUUCUAGAAACUGGAGAUGGACUAAAAGCUUGAGUGAGGGAGAGUGUGUGUGGGUGUGUGUCAAUUGCCUAACACUUCAUCAUUCUCAGCAUGGAUGUAGUUGUUGCAGUAAUGAACUAAAGCUUAAGUCACAUAGCAUGGUAGCCACUGCCUGUAGCUGGAUCAUUAGUUCCAGUACUUCCAGCACAGCUGGGAAGGGAGCAAGACCAUGACAAGUAAAGUCAAAUGUACCGCCAUGUGCCACAUUAAGUAUAAAAUGCUCUAUGCUUAAGGCAGGGCCAUGGUAAUUUAAGCCAAAGCAUUUUGUCCACUGUGAUUCAAGUACAGUUACCACACAAUUAAGUUGGAAGGAAGAAAAAGAAUUUUUUGAACAUAAACUGUGUUAGCAAGUGUUAGAGAGUUUGUGAAACCAACAUACUACAUAGAUUGAAGAAGAAACUAGGAACAUCCAACAAAGACAGACUGUACUCCGUGUUGCAAAGGCCUUUAAACUUACUGUCACAAUACAAUUAUCUAAAUAUCCACAUAGUCAGGAACCUUGUUUUUGAAAACACAAAAACCACAAAAAAAAAUUCACAGAUAACAGUAAUUCCCAGCCAACUCUGAGAGCUGCAGCUAUCAUCUCCAUUCUCAGAAUCAAACACUGACAUAUUUAUUGUUAGAUCCUCCAUAAACUGAUAUAAAAAAUGAGGAAGUCAUCUCAAAAUAUGUUAUUUAUAUUCUGUUGUAAAUACUGCACCACUAGAAUCUCAAAUAAAUACCAUAGUCAACAGCAGUUCUGUACACACAGUCAUCACAACAAGGAUAACUAACUGUGGCACUGGGUCAUUGCUUGCAGAAUAAGACUAAGGUUCAUGUUCCUGCUGAUUAUUAUCUCCUCUAAAUUUCAGUAUACGUAGGAAUUGUUGCAAGGCUAAUUAAAUCUUAGAAAUAAAAAUGUAGAAAUUAGAUGUAAAGAAAAAGUAGUAAAGACAGUUUUAUCAAGUUAACAGUACAGAACUGUUCCCUAGCAUAUAUCUUCUAGUACUAGGGGAGGGGAGAGGGAUAUUUCAGCCUACUUAAAUUUGUCUAAGCUGGGGCCUUCUACUCCUUCCCAUGGGAGUCCAUUAGAAUUAUGGGAGUUCAUUAGAGUUCACCACUAGAAAAAAAGCUUUUCCUGAUAAUAAAUUUAAACAACGCUUUUUGCUGUUUUUAUCUCACUAGUCUUAGUUAUACCCUUGGUAACCAUUCUCAAUAUAUUUUCUUUAACAGACUAAUGUAAGUUAUUUUUCAUCAGAUCUCAUUGGUAGAAUGCAGCACCUACUUUCUACAAGAUUUCUAGACACAUGCCAACUGUUGCAGUGGAGUAGAACUGUGCCAACCUUACUGAGUGCUGCUGUGCCUAAUGCUGUUUUAGAUUUUCAAUGCUUAAAUGGGCUCUAGCACAAUCAGUAAUGAUUAGAUCUCAUGCAUGCCCCAAGCAAAAUUAUUUUCUCCGUCUCAGAAGCCUGUUUACCCAGCAAGCCAGUAAAGGAUGUAAGUAGCUUGGCUCUUCUAUUUCCUUCUUCUACCCCUUCUGCUGUAUCUGAAAGGUGGAACAACUGAAGUCCUUGUACUUAAAGGUUGUGGAGAUUUCUGCAUCACCAUUUUACUUAGACAUGGCUGCCUCCCUUGUUUGCUCUGUCUGAAAGAAUUAGCAUAAAAGGAGCAGACACAUGAAGCCUUCUAAUAUUGACUUCCACCAGUGCAUCUUUGUACCUACAAAAGUGCCAUCAAACAUUGCACAGCUGAUGUUACAGGGAAUGACAAACUGCCAUCACAGUCAAAGAAAGAUGACUUCCUUCACGUUGACAAAUACAGUGGAUGAGAGAAGUUAACAGUAAUAGCUUUCCGUUUUCUGAAAUGAAAUGUAUUGCUGUAGCAGCCCAUCUCUUCUCUGAUCACCCUUCCAAAACCAGUCAUGGAAUGAAGAAUAAUUAAUUCAAUAAAUGAUUAAGUCAGGUCUAUUAGACGAGGUGUGGAGAUAGAUAGGUCUUGCAAGGUGAGGUUAACAACACAGAGACUAAAAAGAACAGGACUUCCUGAGCAAGGAACUAUAAAACAUGACUUAACAUGUGAGAGCAGCAGAGCAGGGAUCACCUCAAAUAUUUUUGGAUUGUUUCUAGUUAGAGUUAGCCAUAUAGUUGUAGGAUAGCUUACAUGUUAUUCAGAGCAUAGGAUUUUGAAGACAAAUAAUCUCAUCAUAUUCAGUGUAACAGCUCUGGGCUCUAAUUGGCCAGGACAAUUCAAUCUCAUAUUUGACAGAAAAAAUUACACUUCUUUUCAUUGCAAAAACAUAGAACUUUUCCUGUGCAGUUCACCAUUUCCCAGAUCUGCUUCCAUACCAAUGCAUUAGUUCUUAUUGAGGAGCAGUAACCACAGUUGGCAGCAUGUCUUUUGUACCUUAGGAUUGUUUCCUAGCAAACAGACCGAACUCUGUGUAAUUGUGACCACCUUUAAUAAAUAAUUAAAAAAAUAUAUGCCUGAUGGGAUUCAAAUAAAUACAUACUCUGUGGUUGUGACCUCUUAAGUAUGUCUCAGAACUGCAGUCUCUUCAGUCCAGGAGAGAGAUUCAUUAUUUAAAAUAUCCUACAGUAUAUGUGAAACAAUCAUAAACCACGUCUUGAAAUGUCUUGUUGCAGAUGCUAAAUGCAUUUAUGAAGGUGUGAAUAUAUAAAAUUUAUGCAGAAUGAUGAUUUUAAUGAUUAUAUGCAAUGAAAAAAUAUCAAUACGAACUGAAAAUGAUUUUUGGACAAAAAAAAUCUGCUUUUUUUAAGAAAACCCUUCUCUUUAUGAAAAUGUACAGUAAAUUUUGACACAUAAUAAAGUAUGUGAAAGUUAACUUUAAAUAUAGUGAGAAUAAGUUGUGUACAAUCCUUCUUUCUCCACUCCACCCAUGGCAUAGUGGUAUAUUUAAUUUAAAAGCACAUCAUAUUGCAGUUUUUUUAUGCAUUUGAGAUUUUUUGAUAUCCUGAUGUUUUCCAUGUGAUUUACUAAAAGCAUAAUGGAAAUAGAUCUGUUAUUUUAAAACUUGGCCUAUACAUCUGUACAUGUAUAAAACUGGAUUCAUUUUUGUGGUCACUAAGGCACUUUCUGUGAAUUGGCCAAUAAAUAUAAUUUUAGAAUUUCACAUAAAAAAUAA